UUUUGUGGGAGUUCUGUUUUUUGCCCAUAAAGUGUUUGAUUGAUUGGUUGAAUGAAAGUUUGAGGGAAGUUAUGGAUAAGGAGAUGGACGUACGGAAUCAGAAAGUGGAUGUUCCUGAGACUGUGGUGACUAUUAGAUUGGAUGAAGAUGGGGAAACUGAAAAAUCAAGAAUUGGUGUGGAAGAUGGAGAUUCGGAAGGGAAUGAGGUGAAAGUGAAGGAUUUGAAGAAGGGUGAUGAGUUUUCGACUGUAAUUGAUGUGAAGUGUGAUGGUGGUGAUGGGAAAUUGGGAGAGGAUUUGGAAGGGGAUGGACAAAGGGUGUGUAGGAUUUGCCAUUUGAGUACAUAUGAAGCUGAAAAGAAUUUGGUGGAUUUGAUUGAGCUUGGUUGUGGUUGUAAAGGAGAGCUUGGAUUUGUGCAUUCUCAUUGUGCUGAGGCUUGGUUUAAGCUAAAAGGGAACAGAGUGUGUGAAAUUUGUGGGGAGGUCGCACAAAAUGUUACUGGUGUCAGCAAUAACAGAUUUAUUGAAGAGUGGAAUGAUGCAAGAUCUACUGCAAGUGGUGUUGGUUCAACCGAAACGACUAGAGGUUGCUGGCAUGGACAGCCAUUCUGUAACUUCUUAAUGGCGUGCCUGGUAAUAUCAUUCGUGUUGCCAUGGUUUUUCCGUGUAAAUAUGUUUUGAUGAGGUAAAGAGGGUAUAUAUUUACUUACUUCCUCAUUCAAAUAGCGUAGACGUAAAUAGCGAUGCUGUGUCUGUUCAGUACUUACAGCCAGCGUGACUUUUUAUCACAUUUGCAUUUUUUUACUUAAUUUGGACAUAGUUCUUGCUGACUUGAGAAUAUUUCUGAUACUAAAUGAAGAAGGGCCAAUACUGUCAGUUAAAUAUAGCCUUUGGCUGUAUAAAGUUUCAACAUA